GGCAGCUUGGCGCUCCUCUUCCAAAACUGCUUGCUGUUCUCUGCGGCCAUGGCUCUGGCCUGGGUAAGGCCUGGUAGUCGAACCGGGGUGGGGGAUGCCCAGCGAGAGGCCCCCACGACCCCUCAAUCUGAGGGCCAACCCAGGCCGCUUCCCCGCCGCCGGUCACCCUCUCCCAGCUCCUGGAGACGCCAUCUUGGAUGUGGGCACCCCCCCACCCAGCGCCGCUGCCAUUGGUGGGCUCCGCAGGCAGGGGACGGGUGGGCCAAUCAGGAGCCGGAAUCCUGCAGACCGCUGAAGCCCAACGGCAACGUCAGGGCCAGGCCGCACAGGUGGACCAGGAAGGCGGAGCUUGGAUGGGCUGGAGGCGGGGCUGAAAGUUCCUCCUCCAGAACGGAAAAAACAGGCUCUAAACACGCCGGGCAGUGCCUUUCUCUGCAGCCCACAGGUCCUGUGCUGUCGCAGAGGAGUGACUACCUAGCCAGGAGGUGCCUGAGCCACUUCCGGCAGGACAGAUCUCUCAUGGAGGCCAGGACGGUGACCCUGAUGGCGGGCGUCUUCUCCGUCCUCAACACCAUCCAGUUCCUCAUCUUCGACCUCAGACAGAUGACCCACAUCGGCUAUGAAGCAGACAAGUUCAGCCUCUACCUGGAGACGAAAUCUGCGCUGGUGUCCUGGAUCCUGAACCACAGGAGCGCUGUGGCCAGCAUCCUGUCCCUCAUCACCAUCGCUGUCAGCUGCGUCCUCCUCUACAGCAUCCACCAAAACAGCUACAAGGGGCCACUGCUCUAUACGCUGUGGAUCGUGGCCUAUGAGCUGGGCAGCUUCUCCCUGCUGCUGCUCACCGGCGGCGCCAUCAGGAAGCAGUUCCGCAUGCUGCCGCGCCUCUACCUGAUCCUGCAGGUGUCGCGCAUGGCGCUGCACUUCGCCUGCCUGCCCUGUGUCCUACAGCACGCCUACGAGCUCUUCAAGGCCCUCGAGAUGGUGACCGAGAUCUCCCACCGCCACCGCUCCUCAGUCAGCACCGUGGACUCAUGGCCGACGGCCAGGCUGAGGCUCUUGUACCGCAGGUUCACCUAGGAAGGCCCUGGCCAAGCCCUCCUGUCCCCACCACCUCUGCCCAGGGCUCUGGAGCUAAAGAGUCUUUGAGGAGCAGCCAAGGGGGGCGAGGGGUGCACGGGUCGGCCAUCCGUACAUGUGCAGCUGUCGCAGCACUAAUGACACUGGCCUCUUGCUUACUUAACCAUCUGUGCAUGUUUUGUCUCCGCGGCCCUUCCACUCUGCGUGUCCCUUGCUGUCUGUCUCAUUUUCCUCCUGUGGGUACCCGGCUCUCUAGAGUCCUUUGGGGGCAGGGCUGCCCACAGAAAUCACUGUGUGAACCCAGGCGUGUCGGUGCAUGCCUGUGAUCUCAGUAUGAGGGAGGCUGAGGCAGGAGGAUCUCUGCAAGUUCAAGGCCAGUGAGUUCAAAGCCAGUCUGAACUACAUGAGGAGCCCCUGUCUCAGAAAAAGAAAUUGCUCUCCCCCCAUGCUGUCCACGCCCUCACGUGGCUGGCUCUUGGGCACUCAGCCAGUGGCUAUUUCACCCAGCAGCCAAAUUUUACCCAUUUGAUUCCAUUUUGAUUCAUUUCAAUUUCAAUAGCUACAUGCGGCUGGCUCAGAGCUGCCUACGGGAGAGCAUACGCUUCUGGAGACUCAGUUUACUCCAGCCUAGAACCAAAGAAAAGACCCUGUGUUGCUCUGCUUCCCUAUUUCCCAGAAAGCAAUUCCUCAUGUUGGCUCCUAAUAAAAUGGCAAGAAGAAUCCACAUUCCAGAAAGCUGUGAGACCCGGGUGUGGUGGCACACGCCUGUAAUCCCAGCCCUGGGAGGCUGAGGCAGGA